AUGUUUCGAAAGCGAAAAGCAAAAGACGCCACAAAACUGAGAGGGACAGACAAGCCGAUCAAAGAGCAGAGUUUCGUGAAGAGGAUUCAAAUGGAAGUUCCCGCCGACGAGCCGCGAUUGACCAAGGAAGAAAUGGACAGACGCAAAAAUCGGGACCCGUAUCCACAAGAUCUGGAUCAUUUGGAACUAUCGCUGCAGGAUGCCUACGACGACAAUCGCUACAAUGAAAGACUGGCGGCGGUGAAGCAUGAUCGAAAAGACCCGGAUGCGGAAGAUGAUCUGAUACCCGACUGCAGGGUCAGAUACUUGUUUAGUUGGGUGGAGCGAAGAGACGAGGAGGAAUACUGCAUUAUUGAGCCGAAAACGAAACAGAUCAUUGAAAAAGCGGAAGAAAUAAUGAAGAAUGAACCGCAAGAAGAUCCCGAUGUUCCUGUUCUUUUCACGCCAUCAGCGAAUGGUGGUAAAGGAAGAGCCAAGCCCUAUCGGAAGACACAAAUGAUCGAAGACAAAAACGGCGUGAAUCUUCCCCUCGUCAUGAUCCAAGCACCAAACAUCGAACGCUACGAUAGCGGGCUCUACAACUACAGGCAUAAGCGAAUGGACCUGCUACCGAGCGAGUACACCUUGGCUGUAUUUUUGUCGCUUCACUGCGAAACUAACAAUGACAAAACACGAAUGCUGACGCUGAAUAGGGAAUUCGAGGAAGACUACAACAACUACAGUAGCAUCCACGCGGUCAUGGCGAGAAAUAAACAUCUUUACGAUUGCUUGUACAAAACCAGCAACAUUGGCGUGAAAAGACACAGUUUCAAGAACGGCGAUUUAACUAUUGGCGAAAUCAAGAUGAAAAACUGGAUCGGAAAAGUCCUUGGCGAUGACAACACAAUCCGCCAGCACCAAGAACAGUGCAAAAUCCUUCGAGAAAGUCUGAAAAGAAGAGAGCCGGAAAACAACUAUCGUAUUCUUGUUGGAAACCGCGAUUUACUCGGAGCGUCGCAAAAUCUGAACUGCCAGGAAACUUGGGAAAACGGCGGAAUCGCCGGUGAAAUGGGCCCUGGUCGCUUCAAAGAAACUGUCAAUCUCGCUCCGGAGUUUGAAAAGCUCUUCCAUGGCUACAGAGAGAGAGAACGCGAAUUUCUCCGGAUGCGAACGACGAAAUAUGUUGAGCCUGGAAAGAGCCAACUUGGCGGUCUUCUCUGA